AUGGAUGCCCUCCUGCCACUUAGCUUCAAACAGUGCCAUCCAGGCUUGGAACAACAGUUUAGCUGCUUCUGCUUGCCAGUCUUCAUGAGGUCACAGCAAGGAGCCGCAUACAGCAGAUUGCGGGAGUAUCUUUUUUGCAGUGAUGUAUGGAACAAAGAAACAUUGCCACAUGCAAGUGCAAAAUACGACGUGGUCGAUAAAAUUCCGCAUUCGAGGCCGGGCAUUACCAAGCGUCAGCGGCGACGUCGCUACGAAGACGUGUAUUGGACCAAUGUCCAUGUCAAUGCCAUCAAAUCCCGGACUCGGAGAUUGAAGCGCAUGGACAAGGCCGCAGACGCAAUCUUCGAUGAGUACGCAGAACUUGUUGCUCAAGAACGUCUCCAUUGCCUCUUAGAUGCAAAGAAGGUCCUUCAUGUCAGUGCUCCGGUUAGCGUCUAUGUGACGAUGUCAUGGCUCCCUUCAGGUCCGCGUGAGAAGGCGCAGCCAGCGCGUGGCAAGUUGUCUGACUUCAAGAAAAAAGCUUCGGUCGAAAUGCCCUUCAAGGACACCUGCCUGGUGGACGCCUUCCGCUCCAUUGGUAUCAAGGUACCUUAUACGGGCCCCGGUCCAUUCUGGGCCGUGUCUGACGGAGCCAAAAUGUUGGAGCCUUUGGGGCAGCUUGGCGGCCAUUGGAGCAUGUUAUGCCACAUCGGCAUUGAUUGUGACGCCAAUAAGUUCGAUACGAGCUCAUUCGAGGCCAUCUUCCAGGUCAUCCCCCUGCGGGCUGACAGAGCGGUUGAUGCCUGCUCGCCCAUCGAUUUCCAGGGCGGAGCCCUAACGCAACCUACUUCGGAUGCAUCUAGCACUAGCACGUUGUUUGAGCAGCCAAAUUUCCUGGACAGUGAGUUUUCCAGUCCCAGAUCCUUGGUUGGCUCCAAGCCUGUCUCAGUGCCAAUCUUCAUGCUUUUCCCAGAUUUCCUGGAAAGUCGCAUUGCUGCCUUUGAAGGGCUGUGUGCUGACUACAUAGCGCUGUUGACAGCCAAGCCGGAAUUGUGGACCCGCAUCCCAUGUCCAUUCCUCCACACGUCUCAGUCAGAAUGGAACAGCUGCCUGUCAUCCACCCGCAGCUUGUUCUGUAGCAAUUUGAUAUCCGAAGUGGGCUCAGUGGAGGAAAGCCGCGUGAGCAAGAGAUUGCGCUUGUAUAUUACGCUGCUGCGCCAGAAUCGGCACCAAAUUGCCAGCGGCGGUGUCAGCUUGAAGGCCAUCCCCAACCCAUGCGACCACAAUGUCAGCAAAAGGCAGUGGGAAAGGGCUUGCAAACACUGGCGGCAAGAUGCGCGGGGCGGAUCUGAGGUGGAAAUUUUGGGGCGGGAGCAGAAUCCAAAUUGUAUCUUGCAGGACAGUGCCCUAAUUCACGCCAUUUUUCAUCGCAACGCGAUUCCAGCUGGAUGCUUGCAGGCCGCAUCUCACAUUGCCGCUAGCCAGACAGACCCAGUAGGCGCAUUGGAGAUGCUCCGGUCAGCCCCUGAUCGAAAGCUGCCAGACCAUGAAGGCCUACGGCCCAUCCAUCAUACCAUGUGCACAGAUUCCAGCCAACAGUUCGGCACGCUCCAGGUUUUGAUCUGGUUCGGUGCAGAUGUUUUGAGCCAGCAUUUCCCCGGUGAUUCUGGAUUUUCCUUGGCCCCGCCUGGGCUAUGCAUAGCUGUCUGCAUGGAUGAGUGCUGGUAUAGGCUGCCCAUGUUUGAGGUGUUGGCGCGGCACACGGAGGAACUAGUGGAUUUGUGUGGGCGUUCUGCUUUGUGGAACACUUGCAAGAUCAUGAGACAGCAAAGCUUCAUGUUCCCAUUGGCCGACGAUGUUGAAGGCGGUAGUGAAAUUGUCUCGUUCCAGAUGGCUUGCACAGGAGUGACGGUUUGUGCCUUGUUCGUAUCAGAUGACGACACCAUCCUGACCUUAAAGCAGCAGGUUGCCUUGCAUCUAGGGCACCUUCCCUUCGCUGUUGUUUUUCUGGUGGACAAUGAAGUUGUUCCAUUUGCGCAGACAUGGGCCAGAGCUGGAUCCCCGCCACUUAUGCACGUGAUUCUUAAACCCAGGACCAACUGUCACAGACUUGCCUUAUCAAAAGCCAUCCAAGCGCAAAACCACAAUACAGUGAUCGACCUCCUCAGUAAUGGCCAAGAGCCAGAUUGCAUGGGCUUGAUCGACCGCACUCGCCGCUUAGAGCCAGUAUUGGUGACUGCAGCUUCAGCCGGCUUCUUCUAUUCUGCAUUUUUGCUCCUCAAUGCAUGGGCAGACCCUAAUAUUGCUGGCAAUGACCGCCGGACUUCCUUGCAUUUUGCCGUUCUCACACAUUCGCCAAUGACUGUGCAGGUUUUGCUGGCUGGAAGGGCUGAUGUGCAUGUGAGGGAUUUGCAUGGCGAAACCGCUUUACAUUUUGCUGCCAUCAGCGAGAACGUGGCUUUCGUGAAACAGCUGAUCAUGGCAGGGGCUGACCCUUUGACUCCCAAUGAGGAAGGAGAUGUCCCGCUACUUUGGGGCCGUGAAGUGGACACUAAGGGUGCCCUUUUGGAAGGCUGUUGGCAUGACAUGUCGUAUACCAUGCUCUUUCUCUUAAACUUGCGAACCUUGUCAGCCUAUACAACUUGCAGGCCAUUGGAAAAGCUUUGCAAGUGCAUGCGCAAGCUGCUCUGUGAAUAUGUCUUGCACGAUGAAGCUGACUUCCAAGGAGGGGCCGAGUCAAACGCACCAACGGAGCGCCUUUUGCACUUGUACUUGUUUCGCAAUCCGCUCCCUGCAGAUCGGCCCCGGGUGUGGCAUCAAUUGCAAUUGUUUCAGUUAUAUGUGGAGCCUCUCCAGCCCACAUUGCAGAAAUUCCCGAGAUUGUUUUGGAUUUUGCCGGUGCCAUUUGAUGUCUCGCAAAGCAAGGAACAGUGGAAGGUGAAGCUGUUUGCUGCCUCCACGUUUUUGAAUUUGCUGCAGAAGGGCGAAGUCGUGAAGCUGGAGGGUGCCCUCAUCACCUGGUUUUGGCCAGAAAUUUUGCAGGACAUGUCCUUAUUGGACAUUCUUAGCACAAGGAACACAUCAUCCAGCGCACGUUCUAGAGCGAGGCAGCUAUCUACUGCUGUCCUCUUCUUCUCAGUGCUGGCCACACCUUUGCCGCAGACCACCCCAAAGAAAUUGAGUUCAAUGGGGACAAACAUCUGUCAUCGUUGGGUUCUUCUGCAAAGAUUUUUGCUCAGCAACAACCACCGCAAACCCAAGAGAGAGCAGCCUAGAGGAAAUCCCGUUUUGUUGCUGUCAGCAGCCCUGCGGCAGGAACUUGCACGACCCGCAAAUUUUGAGGAUAGGCAAGGUGGCGCAGAAGAUGUGAGCCAAGGUGGCACAGAAGAUGUGACCCGCCGAAUCUUGGAGAACAGGGGCGUGGCCCGUUCCCGCAAAAUGCUGAAGUUGGUGCAAUGGUCGCAUGGACUUGGAAUGGAGUUGCCGUUGCGGGGAGACAGCGUGGAUGCUAUGGUUCCCUAUCGUCACGAACAUUUUGCUCCCUGCGUAGACAUCACAACUCUGGCAUGGCUUCACCCCCAUGACAGAGACCGUCACGUUCGGUUCGAGUCUGAAGGCCACGUGUAUUACAUCCGUGGCAAGCAGACCAAUGGAUCUGUGACUGGGUUGAUCCAUGCCUUGGCACGACCAUUCGAUGCCGACGAAGUAAUUUCCAAUAUGAUGGCAGGUGACAGAUGGCCUCGCGCAGGCUAUUUGCGACCAUUCUUAGGAGAGACUGUAUUGAAGCGCGUCCGCCAAGUUGAUGCAGACCUUGUGCUUGCUCUCCUGGACUCCCCCCGCAAUGAUACAUGGAUCUCCAACCGGCUCCAGAGCCUGCGGACGAACUUUCCAGAGAUUGUCCAGAGUCUGGUAUUUGGCCCGCAUGAAAUCAAGCGCAUGUGGGAAGCCAACCGAAUUGAUGCUGCUCUUCGAGGCACCCACAUGCAUUUUUGGUUUGAAGCGCAUGUGAAUGGAUAUGUGGUGCCAAAAACAAGUCCAGAAUUCUCGAUGCUUGAAACCUUCUUACAAGACAUGCAAGGGUGGCGCGCCUUCCGCACGGAAUGGGUUAUUUUUGGUGAGGAAGAGAACAUUGCUGGGUCAAUCGAUCUCACUGCACAAAACCCAAAUGGGCAGUUGGCACUGAUUGACUGGAAGCGGACCUCCAGCCUAGCAUCGAAAUUCUCUUCGCCGUGGACGAUGCUACCGCCUUUAGAUCAUGUUCCGGACUGUGCUGGGUGGCAUUACCGGCUCCAACUGAACAUUUACAGGUAUAUUGUGGAGAAAUACUACGGCUUUGAGGUGGCUAUGAUGCUAGUGGUUUGCACCCACCCCGACCAACAAUUGCGGCCUUUCAUCGACCAUGUGCCGCGUCUCGACAAGGAGAUUGAAGUCGUGAUGAGUUUGCGGCGGGACAAAGCACAUGCUGUUGAUGUGUCUGGAGGAUCAGAUUUUGAGGAACAACUUGAGAAAGAAAUGGAUUGGCUGAAUGAGCAGGCGAAAGCCGAGGAGGCGGCUAGUAGGAGAGAUGGGAGGGGUGGGCCAGAGGGACCGGAAGAAGCACAGCAACCUGAAGGACUUGCAAGUCAAGCUCUUGAGGAUGAUGGAGCAAACCCACUGCCAGAAGUAGAUGAUGCAAAUCUGAGACAAUGCAAGAAGCGCCGCUUGCUUCCUGGAGCUGCUCAGUCCAUGCCGAAGUUUCAGAAAGAAUUUGACAGCUUGCGGGCUGCUGCAAAUACAUCUCUGCAGCAGGCGUCAAUCAAAAAGCCUGAGCAGAGCCAUUCCCUUUUGCAACAGAGCAGCUACAUGAUCAAGCAGGUGCGUGCUCGCAAGCCACAAUGGCCUGAGCAGCUUGUGCGCUUGGUGGCGUGCGCUUGCGUUUUGCCCCACAUGCGGCUCUGCGAUGCCUACCUCCGGGAACAUAUUUACUUGAUCUGGCUGAUGGAAGGUGGCCGCUACCUUCGUGUCCACAACGGACAAUGCUUUCUGUACCAUGAUUGCGGGGCUUUCCAAGUCUUUCGCGGAAGCCCGCCGGAACAAACAGUUGCCCGGAUCAAAGAGUUCAUACUUCAAGUCGAAGGGUUUUUUCGAAGCAUCCAAGGAGCAGUAGAUCGAACACAGGAGAGUAUAGUGCAAAUGGUAGAAGGCAUGGAGGCAGAUGCGAAUGGAGAUAUAAAGGUGCUACUUGACAAGUGGAUAUCUGCCGCGCUCUUCAUGAAGCAGCUUCCGCGCGGCCGCAGAGCGCCUCAAUUUGAUGAAGUUGAUGAUGCGGAACCAGAAGCGGCGGCAACUGGUGAUGCAGGAGGGUGGACCCAAUCCAUUGCUAUCGCCCUAAGCAAGUUGAGCGUAACCCUGCAAAAGGAAGUCAUGGAUGAUAAGAUAUAUGGUCUCAUGAUUGAAUGGUGUGAAACGCCUUGCCAGAAGCAAGCUGGCUGUGCGUACAAAGAUAUAUGCGUUGUGUAUGAUUCAAAUGAAGAGAAUGUGGAAUUUGUGCAGCCAAGCCACGACAACAACCUCUACACAUUGAUCCCGCAUGCCUUAAAGCCUUCUUUGCCGGAUCCCGUCCUCCAAGCUGCGAGCUGCCGUUUGGAGAAGUUUUUCCGCGAGACCUUUUGGCGGAACUUCGAUGUCUUUUUGUGCUGUCAGGCAGCCCAAGCCAUCGCGAAAAGGGGUGAGAAUAUUGACCGAUGCUUCAUUGGUGAGAGCCCCGGUGGAGUAGGCCAAUCUUUAUACAGUUCUCACUUGAAUGCGGUUUAUGGACACAAUCACGCAUUCAUUGACCCUAAUAUUUGGUACGAUGAGCAAGAGCUCCGGAAGCAGAUUGAGCAAUUUGCAGGCUGCUUUAUCUUAACAGCGCAGGAGGCGCCUGAAACUUCACGCCGAAUGCGGGAAGACUUGUACAAAAAGACAAUGAGUGCAGAUGGCAUGGCUGGGAGGCGGCCGUACGGGUAUGUCACCCGCAUGAUUGAACUUACCGGAUGGAAGAGGAUGGAGGUCAAUCGUCUGAUGCAGUUCAAGGGUGUAUCUGAGCAUAACUUCCCAUCAAUCCUGCGGCGCAGUUUCCUUUGGCGUCCGCACGCUCGAUUUGUAUGUCCGCAAUACUUGGAAGAGCAUUACACAGAUGCGGCGCUGGAUGGGUACUUUCCAAAAGAUCCAACUUUGAAGGAGUUCCUUGUCUCAGGACCAGCAAUCGCCAGCAGCAUGCAGCUGCAGCACGCGUUUGAACAUACAUACUCACGAGCUGAAUGCAUACAUAUGAUAGAAUCAUAUUGCAAUUUGGGUGGUGAUCAGGGAUUGACAGAGGACAAAAUGCGAAUCGCUUGUGGGCUCCCACCGCGUCAGCGUGCCGAGAUCGCUGCUCCUGGGCUAGGCCCUGUGGAUGAUCAACUAAGCCAGGAUCAAGCAGAAAGUGUAAAAACAGGUUCUGAAGCAGUGGCCCGCCGCAUUGUGGAGGAAUGUCUUUCAAAGGGGUUCUUCAUGUUCACAUUGCAACAGUUCAAGACCAUGUCUCUGCCUUCGAAUGCACCCAAUUUAGACAAAGAGAGCAUGUUGACACAGCUACAAGAGCAUUUAUUGGUAAAGCAAAUAGCAAGAAAGCGCGGCAAAGGAAAGCAGAUCAUUGUUCCAUGCGUCCUGGGGCAAGGCAGUUUGCAGGAUGUCUUUGAUCUGAAAAGCUCAAACGACACGGCACUAGUAUUCCCCGAAAUGUGGCACACAAGUUGCUUGCGGGACUUUGCUUCCAAACAUCUUGCCAGAGAACACAAUGUCGUCACUAUGAUAGCAUUCUUGGAUGCCAGCAUUGCUGCAUUGAAGAGGAAAGGCUCCGGAAAGUUAACGUCUGAGGUCAAGCUCAGACACGAUGCGUUGGUCGAAAGGAGGCGUAAGUUGGAAGCCAACGAGCAGUUGAUUGGGAAGCUCCUCGCUGCUGCUGGUGGUGAGGCUGGUGACCUGGAAGGGCAGGCACGCAGUGAUGUGAUCAAGGAGCUAGGUUUGCCAGCUGCGGAAGGGAAGAAAGUUUUGCUUGAAGUCAUAAACGGUGGCGGUCCGCCUAGCCGUCUGUCGGAACAUGAUGUAAUUGUUGGGCUUCGGAAAGCUGCCAUCUGGAUUAAAUGGCUUGCAAUUUCAAAUUUUCCCGAUCUCUACAGCCACUGUGAUGCAGACAGAAGCAAGCCAUCGCCAGACAACUCCAUGAUAGCAUACUUGUACCAAGCUGUUGAAGAUCUAGUUUUGUCUAGCUGGGUGCAAUUCCUCAUGACGCAAGAUCUCGUGCAUUUAUCCCUUCACUUCGACGGUUGCCGAAUUCAGGGUCGAGCGCUUGACACGGCUUCAAUGUGUCAAGAGUCUUCGGAGUGGAUUGCCAAAGAGACUGGGUUUCAGGUGGUUGUGAAGCAGAAGAAGCACCUGCUUCUCGCGGAGCUGUUGGGAAGGGAUGGACGUGUUUGCGAUACUCUGUCACUUUCUUCCAGCUUCGACUACUCUGCAAAUGGCAUUCUUACAUGCCUGGCCUACAUUGCAGACCUCUGGUCACCAUUGGACGCAUGGCUACAGGAACAUAAGGCAAACAUUGAAGGAGGUCAAACACAUCGUUCAUAUAAAGAAUGUUUCAAAGCUGCAGAUGUUGCCUUCUCAGUAGACAUUGGUUUCUGUGCUGAGAAGACGGGGAAGUACCUACUCCAUUGUGAGCACAAUGGAUCUCCGCUCGUCCUUGGAUGUGUAAUGGCCGAAGAAACUUGCAAAGUGUUAGUCCGGGACACAGUAUAUGCGCUAUCAGCAGAUGCUUUCAAGGCAUGUGCUGAGGAGUCAAUUGAUUAUGCCUCCCUAGUGACAUUUCGCAUGCUGAAAGCAGGCGAAAAACCCCGGCAAGAAUCUGAAGUUCUUCUGGAACUGCAGGCCGGCUUCGAUCUAUCUGGCGGUGCUGAGUUGGAGAUGUUGUGUGAGUGCGAAGGAUUGCUGGAGAAUUCUGAUGAUGAAGGCAUGGCCGGAUCACAUGUUGAUGAAUCAAUAGUGCAGGUGGGCGAAGAGUUGCUGGCGUUGCUCGCAGAAGAAAGAGGUGAAGUCCUAGAUAGCACUGAGACUGUGCAUGAAGGCAGUAUGCACCGUUGUCCGUUCUGUCCGUUCCGGCAAUUCCCUCGACCUUCUCGUGUGAUGGAGCAUGUGCAAAAGUAUCAUACAACGAAACGACAAUUCUGUUGCAGUGGCACCAAGCAAGUCAGAGUCAUUCAGGCUUUGUUUGACGAUGACCAGCUCCGCAAUAUACAGCCAAGUGCUCGCUACCUCCGCAGGAGCGCCGCCGUGUUGCGAACAUCAAUUGGGAAUGAGGAUGGAAGCAUCAAUCAUCUUGAUCGUCGAUUACGCUUGGUCUUGACGGAGAAGGGCCCCGUGUACAAAAGCUUGCAACACGUUGCUGAGAACGAAACAGUGUACCGUCGAGCCAAGAACUUGUAUUACACGCAUGGAUUUGCAGAUAUGCUUUUCCAAGAGAUGAUGGUUAGCAAUGCAAAAAUGAAGCAAGCAUCUCGACUGAAGCUUGUAGACAUGUAUCCCUUGGAUGCACUCUUUGUUGCGGCUAGCCGGUUGGCUUUGAGACUCGCAGCAAGUGGCAGCAAGCUCACGGGCCUCUUGCCUCAGCAUGUUCGACACUGGUGGCCGCUCGUGGAGGACAUCUUCUACUCCGACGCCGUGAACCAGCUGUUCGCCCAAUCUAUGGCAGAGGCGGUUCACCAUACGGAAUUUGAAUCCGUCAGUGUGGAUGCAACCCUGAAGUGUUGCCUCUCCAUUCUCGGCCAGAGUUCCUACAGAGCAGGGCCGCAGGAACGAGCCAGCGCUGCUUUCACGGGGAAAGAUUGCUUUCGCAAGGUUCUGACAGUCCGUGGGCGAACCGGCUGUGUACUGCUCAUGGCUCCAACGCCAAAUGAGGAGGCACCCGCCAUUGCCGAGCGCAUUGCUGAGUCGUUGCCUGAAGAUGGACUCCGGCAAACACGGAUUGUGUGCACGGAUGAUCCUUCUGCGCAUUUGUUGUCGACAUUGCGCAAUGUCAUGCCAAAGCUGGAGCUGCUAUGCUUGGACCCUGUCCACCUAUGCAUGACUUUUGAGUAUGGGACGUACAGAAGAAGAACAAAGGCGUCAACCAUGUUGAGAACAAUUAUGCAAAAGUUUAAUGCCGUGGACUUUAAGAACAUGUCAGCCUACAACUCCAGGCCUUUCAACGGCAUUCAGGAUGUUUCGUUCGAUCACAUCACCAAGACACGUCGAGAACAGAUUCUGAGUGGAGGAAUGGGAAAGGCCAAAGCAGAAUCUCUCCUUGACAGCCUGGAUGCUGCGAAGCCUUGGCAAUGCGAACGGGAUUGCAUUGAGGCCAUGGCAGCAUUUGUCCGAUGUUUUCCGGACGAUGUAGACAAAAUCAUUCCCGGUCCGAACCGGUCUGGACGGCAAGUGCUGUACACUGCCUGCGCGCCUGCGAGGAUGCAAUGGUAUUUCAACAACAUCCGGGCGCGCCAUAGUAUGCGGCCAGAUCGAGUUGUAUUACUUCCUGCUGGUACCACUUCCAACGAGGCACUGCAUGCUGAAGUACGAGCUUGGUUCCGAGAGACGCAGCAGAUGCAUAAGAGCACAUUGGAAAUCAAACUGCGGGUGCUUCACCUGUCCAAACUGAUGACCCACCAUGCGGGCAUGUACAGACCAACUUUGCGGCAAAUUCCGUCGGGCCUGGUGCUGGCUAGAUCUGUUGUCUCUUCUGCCUGGAAUCGACGAAAGCCCUGGAGCAAAUUUGCCGGACAGAGUGGCAAGGCUCAUUUGCCUCUCAAUGAGAGACGGCAGCAAGAAGCAUCAUUAGUCAAGGCGCAUGCUUCCAAAAAACCGGCUGCCAAUAUCAAAAGACCAGCGGCCAUGAGGCAUUGCGCAAAAAAGCCAGCCACGCACGUCCUCCCGCAGAAAGUGCGCAGGACUCCCUUUAACAGAGUAAGAGUGUCCACUUGCCGUAUCAUGGGCAAAAAAAGGCAAGGAGGUUUGAAAGCCUAG